AUGAGGAAGGUCGCCGGCGGCCUGAUGGUGGCGGAGCUGGCGUUCUGGCUCCCAUGGAUCGCUCUCCUUCAAAGCUGCAUGGUGAGAGCUCUCCCCUACGAUUACUCCGCAAGCAUCGAGGAAGGUUUCGACAGCAAAGCAAAGCAUCUGCUUAUUGCUGCCAAGAUCAAGGGAACGAACAUGGCCUUGAUCAUGAGUGCCGUCGUUAAGGAUUCUGUCGGCGACUUCGUCCACGCCGGCGGCGUCGUCGCCAAGUGCGGGUGCUGGUCCAUGCUCAAGGGCGGCCUCACCGCCGCGUCUUCGGGCCCGGCCGAGAUCUACUUCGAGAGCAACGCGACGGUGGACCUCUGGGUGGACAGCGUGUCGCUGAACCCGUUCACCAGGGACGAGUGGGCGGCGCACCGCGCCGCGUCCGUCUCGGCGGCGCGCAAGAAGACGGUGCGGCUCCAGGCGACGGACUCCGCCGGCAACCCGCUGGCGGGCGCGGCGGUGUCCCUGGACGCCGUCCGCACCAACUUCCCGCUGGGCGCGGCCAUGAGCCAGCACAUCCUGACCAACUCCGCGUACCAGACGUGGUUCGCGUCCCGGUUCGCGGUGGCCACCUUCGAGAACGAGAUGAAGUGGUACAGCACGGAGCCGGCGGCGGGGCGCGAGGACUACACGGUCCCGGACGCCAUGAUGGCGUUCGCCAAGUCCAACGGCAUCGCCGUGCGCGGCCACAACGUGUUCUGGGACCAGCCCAGCCAGCAGCCGCCGUGGGUGCAGUCGCUGCCGUACCCGCAGCUGCUGGCCGCAGCGUCGCGCCGGAUCCGCUCAGUCGUGUCCCGCUACGCCGGGCAGGUCAUCGGCUGGGACGUGGUCAACGAGAACCUGCACUUCAACUUCUACGAGGGCCGCUUCGGGUGGGACGCCUCCACCGCCUUCUACGCCGCCGCGCGCCUGCUCGACGCCGGCUCCGCGCUCAUGUUCAUGAACGAGUUCAACACGCUGGAGCAGCCGGGCGACAUGGCCGCGCUGCCGGCCAGGUACCUGCAGCGCCUUCGCCAGAUCACCGCCGCCUACCCGGAGAACGGCGCCGGCAUGGCCAUCGGCCUCGAGGGCCACUUCACCAACCCCAACAUCCCCUACAUGCGCGCCGCGCUCGACACCCUCGCCCAGGCCGGCAUCCCCAUCUGGCUCACCGAGGUCGACGUCGCCGCCGGCCCGGCGCAGGCGCAGCACCUGGAGGAGGUGCUCAGGGAGGCCUACGCGCACCCGGCGGUGCAGGGCAUCGUGCUCUGGGGGGCGUGGCGGCCGGAGGGGUGCUACGUCAUGUGCCUCACCGACAACAACUUCAACAACCUGCCGCAAGGGGACGUCGUGGACAGGCUCAUCGCCGAGUGGCGGUCCACGCCGCGGGCCGGCGCCACCGACGCGCAGGGCUUCUUCGAGGCCGAGCUCGUGCACGGCGAGUACAAGGUCAGCGUCAGCCACCCGGCGCUCAACAACUCCGUCACCCGGAGCGUCAAGGUCGACCUGGGCUCAGGGAGUGAGCACUACUUCAUUGACAUGCAGGUCUAGACCCGCUGAUUCUUCAGGUGCUAGGUGUAAUGCAGCAUUUCUGUCGGGGCUCUGGAUUACUACCAGUUAAAUUACCUGCCGUUGUGUCAGAUUUGUGAAUGAAAGCUUAGAAGAUUAGCCAUUCAUGUACCAGUUUUCAGUACCUUGGAAAAUUGCAAUGGAAGGCAAAGGAAAAAAAAAGGGCCAUUU